AUGCCAGGAGGAACUGACAAUCGAAAGUCGGUCCUUAUCACCGGGUGUUCCCCUGGGGGCAUUGGGAACUCCCUUGCGCGUGAAUUCCAUCGAAAUGGACUGCGGGUGCUCGCCACAGCCCGAGACGCUGCGUCUAUUGCCGACUUAGCUGAUGCUGGCAUUGAGACUCUAAGUCUGGUGGUUGAUGAUCCGCAAAGCGUCAAAGCAUGUUUUGCGGACGUUGAGACCCGACUCGGUGAUCGGGGACUGGAUUAUCUCGUGAACAAUGCGGGCCGGACUAACCAUGUGGCCCUAGACUAUACGGUCCCGGCCAUGGAAGUUGAGCUUGCCGAGGCCCGUCAAACGUUUGAAACCAAUCUCUUCGCCGUCAUCACUAUGUGCCAAACAUUCCUGCCACUUCUAAUCAAGGCCAAGGGCACCAUUGUCCAGGUUGGCUCAGUCGCUGGGAUCAUUCCGUAUGUAUUUGGAUCUGUCUACAAUGCCUCCAAAGCAGCGUUGCAUUCAUUCAGUGACACUCUCCGCGUGGAACUGGCACCAUUUGGCGUUCAUGUCACAACUGUCGUUACGGGCGGGGUGCAAUCUCGCAUCGCACGUACCAAACGUACUCUGCUGCCGAAUUCCCUCUACACCCCGAUCGAGGCAGAGUAUACUGGUCGGGUGACUCACAGCCAGAAAGAUGCUAUGCCACAUGCAGCGUAUGCUCGCAGCGUUGUCACCCAAGUCCUUUAUGGGUCGGCCCCGUGGCGAUGGAUUUGGCCAUGGGCCCAGGGGCGCAAGGCAUGGAUCUGGGAAGGUCACCGCAGCUGGGUAAUUUGGUUUCUCGUGGGAGGCUGGGCGUGGUCGGGUAUGUUUGGUCGGACAAUGACCAAGAUGUUCAAGCUGUACAAGAUCAAAAAUGCUAGAUAA